GUCAAGGUUAUUGACCAUCUCGUCCUCACUUGUAACAACGUACCUAUUACGACCGAGUGGUAUGCCAAGCAUCUCGGCAUGAAAAUAGAGACCUUUACCUCACCCAGCGACCCUUAUUCCAUGCCACGAACUGCCUUGAAGUUCGGCACGCACAAGUUCAACCUGCACCAGCAGGGUAAAGAGUUUGAACCUAAGGCAUCUAGUUCUCUACCCGGCACCGCGUGCAUCUGCUUCAUACUCCAGAGAUUAAUCAAGAGGUUUAGUAAUAAUAGUAUACGGGUCCUUGAAGGUGAUAAGAUCCUUAAUAGAGCCGGGGCUCUUAGAAAAGUUCGGAGCAUCUAUUUUCGUGAUCCGGAUGGGAACCUAAUUGAGCAAGUUGGGACUAUUCUACUGCGGCAUCUAAAUAGUCUUUUCCACAAGAUUCAUACUAAGAACUCUACUCUAUUUAGACUCUCUAGUUAUACUGAAUAG